CGCCCGUCUGUACAGCACAAGUCAUCAGACACAGAGUGAAGAAGAGACAAACUGCUUCUGCAAGAGUCAAAUCCAAUCAUGAAGGUACUUGUGGUUCUCGCUCUUGCUGUUUUCUCUGGUUGCAAUGCCAACAUCCUGUGGAAGGAGCCACCCAUGAGCAAUCUGGAUAUGGUGAAAGAUGCUUUCUGGGACUACGUUGCUAAAGCGACUCUGACUGCUGAGGACUCCGUGCAGCAGAUCAGACAGUCCGAGCUGGGACAGGAAGUGAAUGCCAGGAUCUCUCAGAGCGCCGACACAGUGAAUCAGUACGUUGUUUCUCUGCGUGCUCAGGUGGCUCCUCUCACCCAGGACUUCAUGACUCGCUUUUCCCAGGAGGCCGAGCAGCUGAAGGCCCGUCUGGAUAAAGAUCUGACCGCUGUGAGCACUAACAUGCAGCCCUACGCUGAGGAGAUGGUGGCACUCCUCCAGAGGCAGGUGGAGGAGCUGCAGAAGGAGGCAGCCCCCUACGCUGAGGCCAUGGACCCCGAGGCCCUGAAGGCCGUCCUGCUGCUGAAGACCCAGGAACUGAAGGGGCAGCUGGAUAAGAGCGUGAGCGAGCUGCAGGCCCAGAUGGUUCCCUACACCCAGGAGAUGAAGGAGAAGAUGGAGCAGAGCCUGGACGAGUUCCAGAGGAGCAUGAUCCCCCUGGUCCUGGUCCGCCGAGCUUUUGAGACCCAGAUGACCGCCAGAAAACCAAGGAGAUCCCAGCAGAACCUGGCUCCAUUGGGAGAGGAGCUGAAGGCCAGCUGGACGGCCAGCGCUCAGGACCUGCAGGCUCAGGCUGACUGGUUCUGUGGGAAGUCUUUUCAAUAA